AUGACAUUUUUGUCCAAGAAUUUUUGUACUUCACCUAAUAACGAUAGUAGCGAUAGUGAAGAAUUAGAAGAAUUUGAACAUAAAACUAAUAAUCAUGAUAUCGAGAUGGUCCGUGAUUCAUGCGAAGAUCUUUCUGAUAAUAAAAGUACAGACUCAGAAAUAAAUAAUCAGAGUAUUCAAAGUAUGAUGUCAAUUUCAGAGGUUGGUGAAAUUGAUCAAAAUAUAGAAGAAAUAGACCACGAUGAAAAUGAAAAAGUCUUUGAAAAUAUCUUGGAAGAUUCUGAUUCAGAAUUGAAUGAAAAAGAAUCCAAACCAGAAAUUAAUGUUAAUUACCCAAGUGAAGCAUAUGGUGAUUUAAUGGCAUUAGUUACGAAACAUAAACUUAACAAUGCGACAGGAAAUGCUAUAAUUAAAUUCUUUAAUAAACAUGCAAAUUUAGAUAAAUCACCUCUUCUAAGAUCUAUCGAACAAGGCCGCAAAUAUAUGGAUAAUAUGAAACUACCAAAUUUAAAUUAUACUAAAACUAGUAUAAUGAAUUAUAAUAAUAAUGAGUAUUUUCUUUAUCAUCAGUAUUUAAUAAACUGUAUAAAAAAUAUUUUGUCAAUUUCGGACAUAUCACAAAAUUUUGCGUUAACUUUUGAGAAAGUUGAGCAUAACGGUGAAAGGAAGUUUAGUGAACAAAAUACUGGGAUAUGGUGGAAAAAUGCGGAAAAAUCCCUGCCACCUGGAGCCAAGCUUUUAUCUUUAAUAUUAUAUUCUAACGCUACAAAUGUUGACACACUAGAAAAAAGUCAACUCCAUUCCAUUUACUUGUCUAUUGGUAAUAUUAAAAAUUGGAGGUGUAAUAAGAAAGAUGCAAAGCAAUUAUUAGCGUAUCUGCUGAUUUUAAAAUCUAAUAAUAUUACUGAAAGGAAGUCUGAAACAUUUAAGAUUGCUGUUCGCGAAUGCUUCCAUAAAUCUUUGGAAUUGUUACUAGACCCUUUAUUAAAAUUAAAUAAAAAUGGCAUUGAUUUAUUUUUAAAUAACGAAAUGAUUUGGUUUUAUCCUAGAGUUUCAGCUAUAAUAUGUGACUGGCCAGAAGCUGCAACAUACUGUCUUACAUACAAAUCACCAAUGUCAAAACAUCCUUGUCAUUUUUGUCUAGUCACAAGAGACAAUCUUGCUGAUCUUAAUUUACAAAUUGAUGAUAUAACACCACGAACUUAUGUUAAUAUGCAGCAGUAUUUUAAUCAAAACUCGGGAAAUUCCGUUUGCAUUGAAAAUAUAUCUAAUUUUUUUUGGAAUCUGCCUAAUAUAAAUAUCUAUCAAGCCACAGUGCCUGAUAGAAUGCAUCAUCUCGAUUUAGGCCUCUUUCAUUAUCAAAUCGAUUAUACGAAAAAACUUUUAGGGGCGCAAUAUGGCAAAACUUUAGUUGAUGAAGUAGAUCAUCAAUUAGCCGCAAUACCAAGAUUUUCCGGUUUGAAGAUCUUUACAAAUAGCAUACAAUCAAUAGCCAGGUUAACAGCUAAUGAGUAUCGCAAUCUGAUGAAAGUAAUGGUUUUUGUAGUGGACAAUUUGUUUGUAAAUAAUGAGGAUGAUGAAAAUUUUGUAAAGAAUGAAGAUCUGGCAAAACUUUACGAAGCUUGGAAUGAAAUGUAUGCAAUUAGUUGA